CCCCGUUGCCCAGCGCGGGCGCCGGGGGCGGAGCUCGGCGCCGAGGGAGACCGGGCGUCCGCGGCUCCGGCUGCGCGAGGUGGGGGCUGUCCGGGGCGCAGCCAGGAGGCCGCGAUCUCCGCGGGACACGCUCCGCCGGGGCCCGAGGCGGCAACAUGAGCGCCGCGGGGCUGCUGGCUCCGGCGCCCGCUCCGGCUGCAGCGCCGCCAGCACCGGAGUACUACCCCGAGGACGACGAGGAGCUGGAGAGCGCCGAGGACGACGAGCGCAGCUGCCGGGGCCGAGAGUCCGACGAAGACACCGAGGAUGCAAGUGAGACUGACCUGGCGAAGCACGAUGAGGAAGACUACGUGGAGAUGAAGGAGCAGAUGUAUCAGGACAAACUGGCAUCUUUGAAGAGGCAGCUGCAGCAGCUGCAGGAAGGUACGCUACAAGAAUAUCAGAAGAGGAUGAAAAAGCUGGACCAGCAGUACAGAGAGAGGAUCCGCAACGCAGAGCUCUUCCUCCAGCUGGAAACGGAGCAGGUGGAAAGGAACUAUAUUAAAGAGAAGAAGGCCGCCGUGAAGGAGUUUGAAGACAAGAAGGUGGAGCUGAAGGAGAACCUGAUUGCCGAGCUGGAGGAGAAGAAGAAGAUGAUUGAGAAUGAGAAGCUCACGAUGGAGCUGACUGGAGAUUCUAUGGAAGUGAAACCCAUCAUGACCAGAAAAUUGCGGAGGCGACCAAACGAUCCUGUCCCCAUUCCAGACAAGAGGAGAAAACCGGCUCCUGCUCAGCUAAACUACUUGUUGACAGACGAGCAGAUCAUGGAGGACCUGAGGACGCUGAACAAGCUUAAGUCACCCAAGAGACCAGCUUCCCCAUCCUCUCCUGAACACUUGCCUGCCACACCUGCAGAGUCUCCAGCCCAGAGAUUUGAGGCUCGGAUAGAAGAUGGCAAACUGUACUAUGAUAAGAGAUGGUACCACAAGAGCCAGGCCAUCUACCUGGAGUCUAAGGACAACCAGAAACUGAGCUGUGUCAUCAGCUCCGUGGGAGCCAGUGAGAUCUGGGUGAGGAAGACCAGCGACAGCACCAAGAUGCGGAUCUACCUGGGCCAGCUGCAGCGCGGGCUCUUCGUGAUCCGCCGGCGAAAAUUCUUAACUUACCGGGACUAGCUCCUUGGCCUGGGACAUGGGGAGCACGGUGGAGUCUUCAGGGCGCUCACAAGGCCGCCACCUCCGUCUCUGUGCCGCUCUUUCCUGCCUCAGCCUCUUCCAGAACUCAGUCACCAGAGACCCUUGCUUUCGGAGUACUGGGGUUCACCUACCUUCCUUGAAUUCCUCUCUUGUCUUGUUUUGUUUAUACUCGGUCCUUUUUCAGACCUCCUUUGAGUUUGAAGGGAAGCUCGUUUUAACAAUUGUCUUUAGGUCUUUGAAGAGCAGCAGGUGCGCUCUCCUGCCCAACCUGAUUGGCAGGUUGUGUGCCUGCUUCCCACUUUGGGCCCAGAAGCACAGGGCUGGACUGAUUCUCCUGGCUCUGCUUUCUUGGAGAAAUAAAUGAUAUAGAACAUUUCACCUGCCUUGGGCUUCUCCUCUGCUGACUGAAGUGUCUUCACCCUGGACACUGUAGCCAGUGGAUGUGAGCUGCGGGAGGGGCAUGGCACAUUCCUGACUGCUGGAGUCACCACCGAGCAGUCUCCAGGGAAGGUGACUUAGAAGUGCCAGUCCCUGUUCAGGGUGGGAGAAGAGGAAGUACAGAGGUUUUCGUCUGUAACUCCUCUCUCUAGCUCCCAUUGGCUACAAAUAUUGAUCACGUGCCCAUGGAGGUGUGGGUUCUCUCUUCCCCAUAGCUGGGGUGGCAAGGUGGGUGCCACUGUGACCAGUCUGUGCCUCGCUCGUGUGGCUGGACCCACUGUGGUACUGUGCCCUUCAACACCACAGCACCCCUGAGGUCUGCCCCACGUUAGUGACAAGGAGAGCUCUGUCCAGCAGCAGCUGCCAAGUCUGUGUGCUGCUUGAGCCCCAGCGAAGCCACCUGUCAUGGCGUUCUUGCUCCCUGGGCCUGUGGUUGGAGAAAUGACCCGUGUGGCUGAGCAGCAGGUUCCUUAUGCUCCAGCGGCCACGGGCCAUGGGUGAAGAAGCGGGACCGAGCGGCUGUGGCUGUCGUAGGCUGUCCACACCUUGUUUUGCCCUCAGCCCCCUGGACCCAGCCCAUGUCGCCUCUUGGUGUGCAAAGCCACAGUGAGUCCUGUGCCUCCACGGAGACUGUGCAGAACCACGAUUUACAGCCGCUCUCCCACUGGAUCCUUAAGAAAACAGGAUAAACGAUGAUGUUUAUUAAUUAA